AGAAAAGCUACUUAUAUAGCCUCUUCAUCCCUCAUCGAAAACCUGUCAGAAGAGUCGGAUUAUCCUACGGCCCCAAAAUCACCUUCUUCUUCACUUUGAGAGAUGUCGUCCAGCGAUACUGCUAGUAAUUCCCCGGGAUGGACAACCGUCGAUCCCGAUGAAUUUCAAAAACAUUCAGAAACUCAAUGGACCCACGAUGCUCCACCUCUCAUUGCUAUAGUCGGAAUGGCCACACGUCUGCCCGGCGGUAUCUCCUCCCCCCAAGAUUUCUGGCAAUUCAUGAUUGACAAGAAAUGCGCAUCUGCUCCGGUCCCUGCGGGAAGAUACAACGUGGACGCUUUCCACGGGACUCCUGGCGUGGACACACAAUCGGUCAUCGCCAAACAGGGAUAUUUCCUUGAGGGAGACUACCUGGGGAAAGUUGAUACCUCCUUCUUCCACAACAAUCGGUACGAGCAUGGGUUUAUAGAUCCUCAGCAGGUGCUUCUAUCGGAAGUGGUUUGGGAGUGCAUGGAGAACGGAGGACAGGUCGAUUGGCAAGGUAAAGAUAUUGGGUGUUUUGUAGGCACCUUUGGGGAAGACUGGCUGGAUCUUACAGCGAAGGACACCCAGAACCUGAGCCCCCUUCACAUCGUGGGUACGGGCGACUAUGCCGCAUCCAACAGGGUAUCGUUCGAAUAUGACCUCAAGGGCCCAUGCAUGACUUGUCGAACUGCAUGCUCAUCCUCACUUGUGGCUCUCCACGAAGCAUGCCAGGCAAUUGCCCUUGGUGAUUGCCCUUCAGCGAUCGUCGGAGGCUCCAGCCUGAUUUUUACUCCGACAAUGACUACCAACAUGUCACAGGCGGGGGCACUCUCCCCUGAUGGGAUCUGCAAAACAUUUGACGCGGAAGCUAACGGAUACGCCAGAGCGGAAGGAGUUUGCGUUUUGUAUAUCAAAAAGCUAGAAGAUGCCAUCCGCGACAAAGACCCAGUCCGUGCGGUCAUUCGAGCAGUUGCAACUAACUUCGACGGUCGGACAAAUCAUAUCACGGUCCCAUCAUCGGCCGGACAAGAGGCGCUGAUACGGAAGGCCUACCGAAAAGCCCAUCUCGAAAACCUUGCAGAGACCGCAUUUGUCGAAUGUCACGGCACAGCCACGCGGGUGGGCGAUGUCGUUGAAACCACCGCCGUCGCCAAUGCCUUCGGGCGCCAUCCCAUGAUUAUUGGAGGUGUGAAAUCAAACAUUGGUCACACUGAGGGCGCAGCAGGUCUGGCUGGCUUGAUUAAAGCAGUUCUUGCUCUUGAGCACAAACAGAUCCCUCCGAACGUCAACUUUUCAACACCAAACCCAAAGAUUUUGUUCGAUGAGGCAGGAUUGGCAGUACCUGUUGAUGUUCUUCCUUGGCCAACUGACCGCAAAGAACGUGUCAGUGUCAACUGCUUCGGGGUCGGCGGUACCAAUGCCCAUGUCAUUGUGGAUUCAGCCGCAUCGUUGAUGCCCCAAAAGGCAAUAGCGGCAUUGGAAACAAAGAACAACAGCCCGCGGCUCUUGCCGUUGUCAGCUAGUGGCCCCAAGUCCCUUGAUCAGCGGGCGAUAGACAUAAAGAAAUAUCUCUCCCGCCAUCACGAGGCAGUGCACGAUUUGGCUUAUACCCUCUGUGAAAAGCGAGAACAUCUUCGUCACAGGGCAUUCGCAGUCAUCGGUGGAGAGGUUCCUCUUGAGUCUAUUGAAUUUGUCAAAGCGGAUAACACCAGAAAUGGGCCAAAGAACGUGACAUUUGCAUUUCCUGGCCAGGGAGCUCAGUGGGCGGGAAUGGGAAGCGAAUUGAUGGAAAGAUUUGCAUCCUUUAGGAAGGACAUAGAAUACAUGGAUGGGGUACUGCAAAGUCUGCCCAAUGCACCCAUGUGGAGGAUGCACGAGGAGCUGAUCAAAACGGGCCCGGAGAGUGACAUUAACCGGCCCGAUAUAGCACAACCUCUGUGUACCGCCAUUCAGAUUAGUUUGGUCAAUCUUCUCAAAGUAUGGGGAUUCACUCCGGACAAAGUCAUCGGUCAUUCCAGUGGCGAGUUUGCUGCGGCUUACGCAGCCAACGCCUUGUCCAUGGAUACGGCAAUUAUAUUGGCCUAUACUCGCGGAAUUGUGGCCAACAUGGCUCCAGAGGGAGGCAUGCUCGCAGUAGGUGUUGGCAGAGACAGUAUCGGUCAAUAUCUGGGUGAUGAAGUGGCAUUGGCGUGCGAGAACAGUCCAAAUAGCGUUACCCUCGCUGGAAAACGCGACCAGCUGGAACAGGUAGCAACUCGAAUCCAAACCGAACAACCUGACACCCUACUGAAGAUGCUGCCGGUUGAACGAGCGUACCACUCUGCAUACAUGGCUUCAGUGGGUGGCAAAUAUGAAGAGCUUACCCGACCGCACCUAGUCAACCCUCGAGAUACAAUGACUCCAAUGUACUCAACGGUAUCUGGAUACCUACUAGCAAGCCCUAGUGAGCUUGACGCGGCGUAUUGGCGCCGAAGCUUGGAAUCACCUGUCCUGUUCUCAACCGCUUUCCGGGCUUUGGCCUCAUCCACACAUGACAAUCAUCAGGUUGUGAUAGAGAUCGGAUCGAACUCAGCACUUAGAGGGCCAAUCCAGCAAAUACUCCGUUCAAACAGCAUGAGCUUCACGUACUGUGCGACCAUGAGAAGCAAUGAAAGUAACCUUUCUCGCGUCCUCUCUGUCGCUGGCACAGCUUAUGUCAACCAUUUACCCGUCGACCUCAUCGCUGUCAAUGAAGGCUAUCAAGGCGAAACUCUCACCGACCUUCCUCCCUACCCAUGGCAGCGCGAAGAUAUCCCCUGGGCAGAAACUCGAAUUAGUAAACAGUGGCGCUUGCGCCAAUUUCCACGCCAUGAACUCCUCGGGGCGCGAUGCUUGGAAUCCAAUGACUUCGAGCCUGCAUGGCGGAAUAUUCUCAAGGGUGAGGAGGUCCCGUGGAUCAAUCACCAUCGCAUGAUGGGAAUUAUUGUUUUUCCAGCCGUUGGAUACAUAGCAUUGGCAUCGGAAGCUAUACGUCAGAUAACAGGCUCAAGUAUCUCUACACUAGAGCAAGUUAUGUUCAUGGAGGCCCUGGUCCGAGACGAAGAGGACAUUGAAAUCAUGACGACAAUGCGGAAGACCACAAUGAAUGCAACUAUGGACUCUGACUGGUAUGAGUUCACGGUUUGUUCCUAUAACGGUCAAGGAUGGACCAAGCAUUGCUCCGGGAGGGUGAGGGGAGGCACGGACCAGCCCCUUCCAUCAAACAUAAUUCCUGAGCCAUUCGCUCGACAGAUUUCGUCGUACAGAUGGUAUCGCAGGUGUGAGAAAAAGGGACUCGAAUAUGGCUCCCGUUUUGAAGGUCUGCAAGAUAUCACCGCCAGUCCACUAAGGAAUGCAGCCCGUGGGCGAGUGGAGGAUGACCGCGAGCUCCACGACAGUUACUACGCAAUACAUCCAACGAUCGUGGACCAAUGCCUUCAAGUAAUGUUGAUUGCCAGUGACAAAGGCGUCUCGCACUAUCCUGACAAGGCAGGCGUGCCGUUGUACAUCGAUCGGGUUUACCUGGCCCCAGGAAGCAGCUCGAUGCUAGUCGAGGCGACGACGACUGAUCCGACAAAAGAGAGCCUGAGUGGAUAUUUCAAGGUGGUAUCUGAGGCAACUAGUGACGUGGUCUUGGAGAUGAAGGGUCUGCGCUUAUUGUCUACACCAGAAGCUGUAUUGGAAUCGAAAGGAUCAAAGCUUGCAACUCAUCUCCAGUGGAAACCGGACAUUAGGUUUAUGCCGGCGACCCAACAAGUACCAACACCUGUGGGCCUAGAUCAACAGAAAACCCAGACAUUGGCUAUAGCGGGGAUCCUUCUCGUAUUUGCAAUGAUCGAGGCUCUGGAGCCUCAUGACGAGCUACCUCCGUACAUGGCGAGCUAUAGAAAACUCAGUAUCGGCAUAGGCAGGACGAUACUCCAAGGGGAGUAUGACCAUAUCCCUGGUAUUGGAACGGUGAAAAGCAUGGACAGGGAGCAGCGGACCGUUUUGUUCAGAUCCUUGCAAGGACAGUUCCCCGAACACAGGGUUGAACGAUGCUAUAAUGAUGCCUGGCGGUAUGCGAGUGAGCAUCCGGAAAAAUUGAUAAGUGGGGGGAUCUAUGAAGAUACCUCCCUCAUAGAGACCAUCAAGGGCAUUGUCGAGUGGAGCCUUGAACUAUACAAUUGGAAAGGUUUCCUGGGUCCACUAGCUCAUGCGAAUCCUGGUCUACGUGUCCUUGAAGUUGGAGCUGGGGCAGGUUCAGCAACAGUGAAUAUCUUGGAAGCAUUGACCACUGAACACGGUGAUCGUCUGUUUAGUCAAUACACAGUCACCGAUACUGUACCUGCGCUUGUGAAACAACUGGAAGAGCGUUUUGAAGGCGUGCCAAAGCUGGAGUUUAAAAGACUGGAUAUUACGAAGAGUGCAACAGAUCAGGACUUCACAGAGGAGAGUUACGAUUUAGUGGUUGUGUGCAAUGUCCUAUAUGAAACCCCUAUCCUCGGUCAGUCAUUGGCGCACAUCCGAUCCUUACUUGCGCCUGGAGGGCGGUUGCUCUUGUACGAGCCUUGCUCAGAGCUUCCACAUUUUGAUAUUGUCAUGGGACUUCUUCCGAAUUGGUGGUUAGGCAUGGGCGACAAUCAGGUUGAUAAGCCUCACGUUUCUGUGGAGCGUUGGGAGCAGGAAUUAGUCCAGGCAGGAUUUUCUGGCCUUGAUGGGUUCCAUUACAAUGCACCUGCACCAUUUUACUGGCAGGUCUUGAUGCUAUCAACAAAUCCAGCGGUCAAUACCCCGCGAGAAUCCAUGAACCUACUCUGCACUGCAGAGACAAGAUACCAGGCAUGGAUACAGAGCCUGGCGGGCUGCCUAUCCUCCGACGGCUAUGAUGUACAUUGGUGUACCUUUGAAGAAGAUCUCCCGACCGAAAACGUCAUUGCAGUACUCGACUUUGACAGGCCAUUCUUAUAUGACAUAUCCCAAGCUACUUACACUAAAAUUCAGAGCUGGUUGGCCUCGGUGAAACGUCUCCUCUGGGUGACGCAUUCAAUGCAGAUUGAAUGCAAGGAUCCCCGAUACUGUCUGAUCCUGGGGCUCACUCGCACAUUGCGGUGUGAACUGAAUGUCGACGUUGGCACUUGUGAGAUUGACUUGUUUAACGAGGCUGCUCAUCCGGUGGUAAUGCAAGCGUACAGACAGCUCGGUACACCGAUCGGAGGACAGACGAUUCGCGAUUUCGAAUUCAUUCUGCAUCGGGGUGUAGGCCACACUGGUCGUGCGGCCAUCACCAAGGUUACAAAUCAUCUCCAUUCCACAGACCUGCAAAAAUCUUAUCAAUUAGACAUUCAAACUAUCGGUGACUUCAGCUCACUUGGGUGGAGACCCAUUUCUCUGGAGGAAGUCGGUCCACACGACGUCGAAGUCAAGGCCAGCUAUUUGGCGCUCAACUUCAAAGAUCUGAUGAUGGCUUUGGGCAUCGUGGAGCGAACGAAGACAAUGGAUUUUUGUUUUGAGGGGAGUGGUAUUGUCACUCGCGUGGGAUCGGAGGUGACAACAGUACAAGUCGGCGAUUCAGUGGCCUUUUUUCAUCCCCAGCCGAUGAGAAGCCUGGCAAUCUUGCCAGCUGAUAGGGUGGCCCACCUUCCCAAGGGUGUCUCGCUAGCAGAAGCCGCAGUUAUUCCCAGUGCUUAUUCAACCGCUAUAUGCACACUGUUAGGUACUGGGAAAUUGCAAAGAGGCCAGUCCGUUCUGGUUCAUUCCGCGUGUGGUGCAGUCGGACUGGCAGCAGUACAUAUCUGCCAGAGCGUCGGUGCUGAGGUAUUUGCCUCAGUCGGUAGCGAUGAAAAGGUCGAGUAUUUGAUGAAGACGUUCGGAAUUCCACGCUCGCACAUUUUCGAUUCACAUAGUGCUUCAUUCCUCUCCGGCGUCAUGAGGGAGACUAAUGGAAGAGGCGUCGAUCUGGUGCUCAAUUCACUAGCGGGAGAGCUUCUCCGGGCGUCUUGGAAAUGCGUGGCGCCUUUUGGAAAACUGCUGGAGAUCGGAAAAAGAGACAUCCUGGGUCAUGGCAUGCUUGAUCUGAAUGGGUUUCGGGAAUGUCGGUCAUUCUGCGGCUUUGACUUGUAUAGUAUAGCCUAUGAUGUUUUCGACAUAGGGAGGUGGGCCAUUGAAACGGCUAGCAAGAUCAUAAGUGAAACAACAUACCGGCCUCCGCGAACAAUAUUCCCAGUGAACCAGGUUGGAGAUGCCCUGCGACAGAUGCAAAAGGGGCAGCACAUUGGGAAGAUCCUUAUUGACAUGACUGACAAUGAGAGCCAAAUGCCAUUGCUCCCCGCACAGGCCGGAUUUAGCUUUUCGUCUACCUCUUCAUAUAUGCUUGUCGGAGGCUUGAGAGGCAUUGGCCGGGCUGUGGUUCGGUGGAUGGUGGAACAUGAAGCUCGCAACUUCACCUUCCUUUCUCGGUCAGCUGGAAAACAUGAAGAAGAUCAACAAUUUACUAAAGAACUGGAGAGUCAGGGAUGUCGUGUGGUGAUGGUGGCUGGAAGUGUCACAGAUUCAGACACCGUUCAGCGCACAAUCCAACAGGCGGAACGCCCAGUUGCUGGUGUUAUUCAGAUGUCAGCCAUAUUGAAGGACCAACUAUUUGACAAGAUGUCAUACGAAGAGUGGACCACGAGUCUGGAAACUAAAGUCCAAGGAACUUGGAACCUUCACAAUGCUCUGCAGGACUACUCAGUCGAUUUUUUCAUUGUCUUUAGCUCCGCAGUAAGCAUGAUUGGAAACCCAGGACAGGCUAAUUACGCCGCUGCAAAUUCGUUCUUGGACGGAUUUGUACAGUAUCGGCGAGGGCUAGGCUUGCCCGCAUCAUUGGUCAGCCUAGGACCCGUCGACGAAAUGGGUCUUAUGUCACAGCAGCCGGAACUUUUGUCUAAAGCACGCCAAGUCUCCCACCAGAUGAUGGGAGAGGGAGAUGUGCUAAAGGCGUUCCAGCUGGCUCUGCUCUCGGCAAAAGAUGGACUGUCUUCGAGACGCCCAGCAGUAGUGGUCGCAGGGCUCUCCCCGGCCGUUGUGACUAGCGAUCCAUGGCUCCAACAGGAUGCACGAUUUUCCAGUCUUCCGAAAGGAACAGACAUGUCGAACGCCGGGGGUGUCGACGACGAGCAAUUACAGCGGAAAUUCGCGUCAGCCAGAGACGACCCGACAUCCCUAAUCGACGGCUCGUGUGAGGCUCUGAUCAUCGAGAAGCUUGGGAAGCAGAUCGCCAUGCAUAACGGACUAUCCGAGGAAAUGGGUGUAGACCAGUAUAGUAGCCUUGAGGUAGAUUCAUUGAUGAGCCUCCAGAUCAAACAUUGGCUGGGCCGUAAGGUGGAGGUGGAGGUUUCGCUUGGAGACAUUAUGAAAGCGAGAACGGUUGGGAACAUCGCAAAGUUAGUCACAGAGUAUCUCCGUCUGAGAUAUGGGGUGAAGGAGAAUGAAGGUGCCGCGGUCUAGUCGCGAAGGUCAAGAAACCCGGUGAGAAGAUGAAGUAUGUAUGUGAGGUUUGAAUAGGGAAUAGGGAUCAGCAUUUUCUUUUUGCUUUU